GAGAUAGAUUUAGAACGCCAUUCUCUUUUCCUAACCAAUGAAAAGAUAAUAAUCAUAAAAGAGAAAAGAAAGAAAGAAAACAAAUAUUAAAAACGAUUCGUAUGUGAAAUAUUUGAAUAUAGUUUUUUCCUCUGAUAAAAAUAUCUAUCGAUUGAAAUAUAAAAUGAAUAAAUGAACGAAAUACGCAUAUUCGUAUGCAUCUACGAUGAAAACAUGUAUGAGAAUUGUAUUUGAGAGACAGAGUAGAGGGAAAUAAAAAAAAGAAAGAAAAAGAAAAAGAGAGAGAGAGAGAGAGAGAGAGAUAGAGAAAAAGAGAGAAAGACAGAAAGAGAGAAAAGAGAGAGAGAGAGAGAGAGAGAAAAAAAAGAGAGACGCGUUUAAUGACGCACUCGUGUAUUAAACGUCAUCCGUGUACGGAGACGUUUUGUCGAGCUGUCAAAUUUAUUCACGACAGCGUGAUUCUGGUUGGUCACAACAUACGACAUAGUAUUUAUCUUCUUUCCUAUGCAUUAUUUUCUGGUAAUCAAACGGAUCACGCAACGUAUAGUUCUAUUGGUGGUAUCGUCGAAGAGAGAGAUACAAGUACAAAGGAUAAGGUCCUGGGAAAAUGGCCGAAGGACGGGAGGAACUAGUGCAAUCGCCAAAAACACUUUAUAAACUGAGCGUCUCCGCGAUUGCAGACAGAUUGCUCGCAUUCAAAAAACAUCUCGUAUAUUUACCUGAGAACGUCGUCUUCGAUAUUUAUUAUCAGUUAUAUCAAGAAAGAAGACUAUGUUUACUAGGAAUGGAACUUGGAGACUUGGAAACAUUUUCCAGGAUGCUCAAUGUCACAAAUCGUCGUGUACAUUUAUUACAGAGCUUUCAGGCCCUUAUGGAUCAUGGGACAAUGGUUGGAAAAGAGUUAGCGAUCAGUUAUGAUCUAUGCUGUAUUCGUGUUAAAAAAAUACUUGCGGAUCAUGAUAAAGUAAUAAAUGUGGGCUUACGACUUGGCGAAUUUCUUAGCGAUGCUGGCUGGUAUAAAGAAAGUGAACAGGUUUUAUUAGCUUGUAUGAGACUAUCCUUUGUGGAUGAGCGAACCCUUGAAAAUUUAUGUCGUACAUUAAAAUGUAGUUGCAAAUUAUUACGUGCACAAGCAGCAUAUUAUACAUUUCGUGGAGCAGCUGAAACGCACAAAAUUGCUAUGGAUACAAUACAACAACUAAGGUGUGCAGGAUAUACCAGCAAUAAUUAUGCGGCAUUAUAUGGAGAAUUUAGUGUUCUUUUUUUUAAUAGAAGUGAAUAUGAUGAAGCAUAUAAAUGGGGUAUAGAAGCAUUAAAACAAUUAAAUCCAUCAUUGCCACCACGGGUAAUAAUUGAUGUUUUAAGGCAAGUAGCAAAAUCAUGUGUAGUAAAACGAGAAUUUCGAAAAGCCGGUCUAUUAAUUAGACAAGCAGUUUAUCUUGCAAGAGAAAUUUUUGACACAGGUCAUCCAAAAUAUAGUGAUGUUUUAACAGAUUAUGGAUUUUAUCUAUUAAAUUACGAUUGUAUUGUGAAUAGCGUGUCUGUUUAUAAGGCUGCAUUAGACAUUAAAAAAGCAAUAUUUGGAAAGACUAAUCUCCAUGUUGCAUUAGCGCAUGAAGAUUUGGCAUAUGCUUUAUACGUACGAGAAUAUAAUUCGGGGAAAUUUCAAGAAGCAAGUGACCAUGUUGACAAAGCUAUAGAUAUAAUGGAAAAACUUUUUGCUGGAGUUCAUAUUAUGUUAGCAAGUGCGAAACGAGUAAAAGCAUUAAUACUUGAAGAAAUAGCUUUAGAUAAUGCCCCAAUGCCUUUGUCGGAGCAGACUUUAUUACAAAAAUCUGAAUGUUUGCAUUUAUCUGCCUUAAAACUAUCACAAACAACGUUCGGUGAAGUUAAUGUUCAAACGGCAAAACAUUAUGGCAAUUUGGGUCGUUUAUAUCAAAGUAUGAGAAAGUUUGAGGAAGCAGAAGCAAUGCAUUUAAAAUCUAUAAAUAUAAAGGAAAAAUUAUUAGGACCUGAGGAUUAUGAGGUUGGUUUAAGCGUGGGUCAUUUGGCCUCAUUAUAUAAUUUCCAAAUGAACCGAUACAGAGAUGCAGAAAAACUUUACUAUCGCAGCAUCGCAAUUAGUUUAAAAUUAUUUGGAGAAAGUUAUAGUGGCUUGGAAUAUGAUUAUCGUGGACUUUUACACGUUUAUACAAAAUUAGAUGAACGUGAUAAAGUUUUAGAGUAUACAGAUAUUUUUAAUCAUUGGAAAGAACUUAGAGAUGAAUAUGCACAAUUAGAAGAUCAGCCUAUUGAUCUUGAAGAACGACCACAGCAAAUUGAGGAAGUAAUUAGAACGUUUUUUCUAUGUGAUACUAUAUAAAAAAAAAUCAUUUAAUGUUGAUUGAAUUUUCAUUAGUUUAAUUAUCACAUGUUAAUUUAAUUGGUAAGAACCAACUUAUUAUGAUGUAGAUUCAAAAAAAAAUUUUCAAAACUAGCAACUCGUAAGAAUCUCCAUUAAAUAAUUGUAACUCUAUGUAUAGAUCAAUGAUCCACUUCUAUUACUACAAUUACACAAAGAUUUGUUUUAUUUUUUUAAUAUAGACAUAUAACAGAGCGAUAAACUAGCAUUUUUGUGAAUUAUUGAAUGAAUUAUAUAUGUACUGCAUCAUACAGAAAUAUCCUUAAUUGUUCGAUUAUCCGUUCUUGCACUUCUACACAUCCUACUAUUAACAUAAUUAGCCCUUAAAUUUAUAGGAGUUCCUGUUAUUGAUUUUAAACAAAUAUAUUUGAUUAUAAGUGUAAACAAUUUUUUUUUUUUUUUAUUACAAUUUAUUGUUGACUUAAAUAAUUGGUGUAUAAGAUUUAAAUUUAUUCUAGAAUAAAUUUUUUAAUUAUAAUGUUCAUUAUAAUGUUUAUAAUGUUCAUUAAUGCAAGAAUAUAUAAUAUAAUUAUAUAGAAUGUUAGAAUGUAAACAUUUUUAAUCGUUAUUAAUAAUAGAAAAUAAUAACAUGCGUAAAUAACAGAUCUCUGUUAUGUACAGUUGAGUUUAGUAUAAUUUGUACAUAUGUGAUUGUGAUAUAUAUAUAUAUUACAAGGUGUGUAAACGCCUUUUUUUAUGUACUUGCUUUUACUUACUCCGCAAAAGAUUUAAGUAUUUACUUUAGAGAAAUUAUUUCUUGAAAAAAUUUAUAUUUAAUACUAUUUGUCCUUGUUAUAGUGAAUCAAAAAAUUAUAAUAUUCCAUAUAGAUAAUUGUCACAAUAUUUACAUGGGAGAUUUUCUUUUAAACUUAAAUAACAUAUUUGCAAGUUAUCUUUUCUCUUGUGUGUUUUAUUUUUAGAAUGUAAAAUGUGAAGUUAUAUAUAUAUAUAUAUACAUAUAUACAUGUAUAUAUAUAUAGUACUUUAUAAAAACUAAUUAUAAGUAUCUUUGUUUAGCUUAUAAAUAAAAAAAUAUAGCGGAACCAAAAUUUGAUAACAAUCAUAUUUACUGCUAAGAGAAAACACGCAUAUAUAUAUAUAUAUAUAUAUAUAUAUAUAUAUAUAUAUAUAUAAUUAUUUACAAUUUUAUCAAAUUAUAUAUAAGAAACAAAAAAUAUAAAACAAAAAAAGUGCACAGCUUAAGCUUUAUAUUAGGGGUUAAGUAAAAAUAAGACAACUGUUACAGAGUACUUGAGUCAGAUUAUAUUUUUACCAAUAA